UUUUGAAUUUAAAAAUGAAAAAGGUUCUUCCUUUUGAUUUCUCCUUCAUCCUCUUUUAGUGGGUUUCGUUCUCCUCUGUAAGAGUUUGCUUCUAUCCCUAGAUUCAAGGAGACAAAACCGCUAAAAUCAGAUUGAAGAUUUGCUUUGCUUCAUUGGGAGGGUUUAGAGUUGGUGACUUUCUCUCUGUUUCUUCUUCUUCUUCUGCCAAAAGAGGGCUUUUUUUUAUUUGAAAGACUGGGUUGAUUUGUUUCGGUUUCGUGGACUCUUAUCAAUCUUCAGAUCGUGCAAAGCUUUAACCUUUACUCUAGGGUUUUGGGUCUUUCUCUUUUUACAGGUUAUAUGAAUCUCAGUUUAUUGUUUGAAUGUAACUUGUUCUUAUGAGCCUUGUAACAAUGAAACGGGUAAAAAGCGAAUCUUUCAGAGGUGUGUAUAGUCCCAGCAGGAGGUUCAAGUUGUCACAUUUGUUGCUGGCUACAGCAGGUUUUUACUUGGUUUUCUUAGCGUUUAAGUUCCCACGUUUCAUCGAGAUGGUCGCUAUGUUAGGUGGAGACACUGGUUUAGAUGGGACGUUAAGGGAUACUGCAGAUGUUAGUUUAAGCGGGUCAUUACGCAGUGACAUGUUGGAUAGGAAGCUAGAAGAUGAGGAGAGUCAACAUGGGCCUACUUCUACUGCUCAGAAGUGGCCACCACCAGAAGAGAAGAAGAUGAAUGAGUCUAAACCAGUUAAGCAGGUUCCGUUUCGGUACGGUAGAAUAUCAGGAGAGAUCAUGAGACGUAGGAACAGAACUAAGCACAUGUCUCCUUUUGAAAAAAUGGCUGAUGAGGCUUGGAUGCUUGGAUCCAAAGCAUGGGAAGAUUUGGAUACGUUUGAGAUGGAGAACAUUGAAGAGAGUUCUGUGAACGAAGGAGUGGUGGAAUCAUCAUGCCCUUCUCAGAUCUCAAUGAGUGGAGAUGACUUGAAUAAAGCUGAUAGGAUCAUGUUGCUUCCCUGUGGUCUUGUUGUGGGUUCUUCUAUUACAAUCCUCGGAACUCCACAGUACGCACAUGAAGAAUCUGUUCCGCAGCGUUCGAGGUUCACAAGAGGUGAUGGGAUGGUUCUGGUUUCGCAGUUUAUGGUUGAGUUGCAAGGGCUGAAGACAGGAGACGGGGAGUAUCCUCCUAAGAUUCUUCAUCUCAACCCGAGGAUCAAAGGUGAUUGGAGUCACAGGCCGGUCAUUGAACAUAAUACUUGUUAUAGAAUGCAGUGGGGGGUUGCUCAGAGAUGUGAUGGGACUCCAUCCAAGAAGGACGCAGACAUGCUUGUUGACGGAUUCAGAAGAUGUGAGAAGUGGACGAAGAAUGACAACACUGACAUGGUGGACUCAAAGGAGUCCAAGACAACUUCUUGGUUCAAACGGUUUAUAGGACGUGAACAGAAACCAGAAGUCACUUGGUCAUUCCCUUUUGCGGAAGGAAGAGUCUUUGUCCUAACUCUGAGAGCUGGAAUCGACGGUUUUCACAUAAAUGUUGGAGGAAGGCAUGUGACAUCAUUCCCUUAUCGACCGGGAUUCACUAUAGAGGAUGCCACAGGGCUGGCGAUAACAGGAGAUGUUGAUAUUCAUUCUGUUCAUGCUACUUCUCUUUCAACAUCACAUCCAAGUCUCUCGCCUCAGAAAGCAAUAGAAUUUUCUCCAGAGUGGAAAGCUCCUCCAUUGCCCGGCACUCCUUUUCGCCUUUUCAUCGGUGUUCUAUCAGCAACUAAGCAUUUUUCGGAGCGCAUGGCAGUGAGAAAGACAUGGAUGCAGCAUCCUUCUAUCAAGUCUUCACAUGUAGUAGCCAGAUUCUUUGUUGCACUUCAUCCAAGAAAGGAAGUUAAUGCAAUGCUGAAGAAAGAGGCUGAAUAUUUUGGAGAUAUUGUGAUUCUUCCCUUUAUGGAUCGCUACGAGCUAGUGGUCCUCAAGACAAUUGCUAUUUGUGAAUUUGGGGUCCAGAAUGUGACAGCUCCUUACAUAAUGAAAUGUGACGAUGACACAUUCAUCAGAGUGGAAUCAAUCUUGAAACAAAUCGAUGGAGUCCUUCUGGAACAAUCUCUCUAUAUGGGCAAUCUAAAUCUUCGGCAUCGUCCUCUUAGAACUGGCAAGUGGGCAGUUACAUGGGAGGAGUGGCCAGAAUCUAUAUAUCCUCCUUACGCCAAUGGACCUGGAUACAUAAUUUCAAGCAACAUUGCUAAAUAUAUAGUUUCUCAGAAUUCGAAACAAAAGCUUAGGUUGUUCAAGAUGGAAGAUGUGAGCAUGGGAAUGUGGGUGGAGCAAUUCAACGCCACGAUGCAGCCUGUGGAGUAUUCACACAGUUGGAAGUUUUGUCAAUACGGGUGCACUCUGAACUACUACACUGCACAUUACCAGUCUCCUAGUCAGAUGAUCUGCCUGUGGAAUAAUUUGUUGAAAGGACGAGCUCAAUGCUGCAAUUUCAGAUGACCAAAAGAUUCCACUAGUCAGGAGAUUUUACAUGAUUACAGAUUUGAAACCUCUUUUUGUAUUUUUCCUCGUUGGUGCUAAUUGUGGUACACUUGCACAAUCGGGAUAACUGUUUGUUGUUGUACAUUUGGUGUCAAGUAAUCUCAGAAAGAGUUAAAGGCAUUAAACCUAA